GUUGUAAUGUGGAAAUGCGAAAAAUGCAGUGCAGCGGGUGUAACGCAAAUCAAGAAAAUUUAAAUCUAAAAAAUAUAGUGAUUCAUUUGUUUAAUUAAAAAAAAACGAAAUCGGCAAACAUCCAGACGGUUAAAGGCGCUAACCAUACAUACAUUGUUUAUGCAAUCCAACAUAAAAAUGUUGCUAGACGUCAACGUGCAAAGCCGGCGCUGUUGGAUGAACUCACAUUACUUCCUUUUCCACUAUUUUUCUGCUAUUACACUCGGCUUCAGCUAUAACAACAAUAACUGAAGAGCAGGACUAUUGUGACGUUGGAAGCUGUGAAUGUAUUGAAGACUUUGUGAUGUGUGACCUAAAAGAUUGCAGUGCCGAUAUAUUACACCUAAGCGGCUUUUUCAACACAACAGAGGAACUAUUUUCCAAUAACUGCGAAACAGAAGUACUAACAAAACACGGAAUUCUUUUCUUUCCUACCGCAAAGCAAGGAGAAUACUUAAAAAAGGUUUAUCCCAAAAAAUCAGAACUUACCAUGAAGAAUUGCUUGCAAACACCGACAACCUGGAGGCAAGCGAAACUGAGCUAUAAUGUGCUCGUGAAAAUCGACAGGCACACAAUGGGUUUUUCUAAAUCGCAUCACCAGUGGGACGUAUUCGUUACAGCUGGCCCAUCUAGAGGCUUUCUGCCAGUAAAACUUACGCUCGAUUUGAACGAGCUUGAGUAUUUAGAGGUAAGGCUCAUUUGCACCGGUUACGCAGAUGUGGCCCUACCGGUAGACGUUUUUCAUGCGCUGCACUCCGUGGAGAAUCUCAUACUUCAUGUGAGCGAUAAAGCUGGAGGCGUUGCUGCUUGGCGCAACUUAACAGCAACACAUUUUCGCGACCUGCAGAAACUAAAGCAUCUCGACUUGGCUGGCAACCGUAUGCGCACGCUAACGGUCGACCUUUUCACACCACUGCCAAAGUUGCUACACUUAAAUUUAUCUUUUAAUGCACUGCAGUCACUGCCCGCUGAGUUAUUGGUGGCGCAGCAGGAGCUCAUCACGCUGGACUUGAGCGGCAAUGAGUUGGAGGCGCUGCCGCGUAACUUUUUCAAAAACACAAAGUGGCUACAAGAGCUGCACUUAGCCCACAAUCGGCUGAGCGUACCUACGAAUGUGAUAGAAAAUGUCGGUGGGCUUUUCAGCUUACGUCAACUUGACCUUAGUCACAAUCGCUUUGAGGACCUGCUUGGCAGUGGUGUGUAUGAAAAUACCACAUUACUCGCAGGUCCACAAUAUCAGCCUUUUGACCGCGUUGUAUAUUUGGACAGAGAUAUGACGAUUAAUCUCAGCCAUAAUCGCAUAACGCGCUUCAGCUUUGAUUGGGUGGAAAAUGUUUACGACUGCAACUAUCACUACGAUCUCUCGCACAACAAUAUCACGCACGUACCAUUUUUAGCGGCAGCCACAUUUAAGACGCCGGAAAAUUGUCAAAGAAAAUGGACGCUGGCCCACAAUCCGCUGCAGUGCGAUUGCCAAAUGUCUUGGCUAGCGGNCUAUCACUACGAUCUCUCGCACAACAAUAUCACGCACGUGCCGUUUUUAGCGGCAGCCCCGUUUAAGACGCCGGAAAAUUGUCAAAGAAAAUGGAUGUUGGCCCACAAUCCGCUGCAGUGCGAUUGCCAAAUGUCUUGGCUAGCGAUUAACACGCAUAACUUUGAAGCCGACGACUGGCAAUGCGCCGCACCAUCGCCUUUGCUCACACGCCUUCCAAUAACACUCACGCGCGCUGAGCUUUGCAGCUGGACGCCCAAUGUGUGCCCCAGCGAAUGCACUUGCAACUACGAUUCUACAGAACUGAUAGUUAACUGUUCAGCCACGCAGCUGGUGGAAGUUCCACCGAUUCCGCGUCCCGAACAGGUGGGUCUGCUUAACUGUUCAGCCACGCAGCUGGUGGAAGUUCCACCGAUUCCGCGUCCCGAACAGGUGGGUCUGCGUAGCACUAGUCUUUACUUGAACAAUAAUACAAUAUAUCAACUGCCACGUAACACAAUAUUCGGUUAUGCGAAUGUGUCACGCCUUUACGUAGCACACAAUCGGCUGAUUACGAUAACCCCGUCUCACUUGCCGACCAACUUAACUAUUUUGGAUCUACGCGGCAACCAAUUGGAGCAUUUAAGUGACGACUUUCUACUAACCUAUCUCAGUGAGAACGGUACUCUCAAGCAGUUAUAUCUCUCCAAUAAUCCCUGGUUGUGUGAUUGCGCCGCGGAGCUGCUGUUGCGUGCCGUACGCAUACAAAGUGCGCGCAUACCGGACGCUUCCAUGCUUAUCUGCGCCAACUUGCCAAAUGUCAGCCUGAAGAGCGUCGACUUCGCGCAGGUUUGUGCCUCAGUUGACAUGCAGCGUAGUGCCCUCUUUAUCGCAUUACUCACAUUGGCGCUAAUGGUAAUUGUGCUCAUCAGCGGCAUUGCACUCUUCUACAAGUACAACUUGCAGGUCAAGAUAUGGCUUUAUGCCCAUCACAUAGAACUGUGCUCCAUCGACGAACAGGCUGGGAAUGAGAUGAACAAAAAGUUUGAUGCCUUCAUUUCGUACGCGCAUCAGCAGCAAGACUACGUUAAUCGUGUGCUGCUGCCGGGUCUCGAACGCGGUGUUCCUCCUUUUCGCAUUUGUAUACACGAACGCAAUUGGUUGGUGGGCGCCUACAUACCCGAGCAGAUUGUGGAGUCGGUGGAGCAAUCGCGUCGCACGAUUAUUGUGCUGUCGCAACAAUUUGUCGAAUCGGAUUGGGGUCGCAUGGAAUUUCGCAUGGCGCACCAGUGUGCGCUGAAUGAAGAGCGUGCGCGCAUAAUCAUCAUUAAGUAUGGUGAGCUCACAAAUAUAGCGGGUCUGGAUAAAGAGCUGCAAGCCUAUUUGCACAUGAAUACCUAUCUAGAGUGGAACGAUCCAAGAUUUUGGCAAAAGUUACGUUACGCUAUGCCACAUAAAAGCAGCGAGAUGAAACAAGCUGGUAUGCUGCAGUUGCCGAGUAGAGUGCGCUUCCAGCCAGGCGAGCAGCUGCAUUGGUUAAGGUAGCGGAACUAUGCAAUUGGA